CCGCUCAUUGGCAGGGGUUUCCCUAUCACGCUGUCCUUAGACUGUCUGUGCACAGAGGGGGGAAAAAAUCGGAAAAGUGAACGAUGAUGCAAUUUUAGGAGGUGUGGCAAUUUUUUGGGGGGGGGGGAAUUUCGUCAUUGUUAAAUUUUACUUAAAAAAUAAGGAAUUGGAGCUCGCUGGGUCUUGACCGAGAGGAAGAGGAGAGCGAGCACUGCUCCAGCUAUCUCGGUAGCAUGGCGGUCGAGAGGAACAGGAGGAUUUUGCAGGAUUUUCAGGCAAAUCCGAGCAACCAGACGUGUGCAGAUUGCGGAGCGGACGACAACGAUUGGGCAUCUUACACGCUUGGAAUUUUUAUCUGUUUAAAUUGCUCAGGAAUUCAUCGAAAUAUUCCUCAAGUUAGCAAAGUGAAAUCCGUUCGAUUAGACGCCUGGGAGGAUGAAGAAGUUCAGUUUAUCACUUCCAACGGGAACAGCAAAGCCAAAGCAAUAUAUGAAUCAAAGUUUCCGCCAUUCUAUUAUAGACCAACAUUUACAGAUUGCCAGAAUUUACCAGGAAAUUGGAUGAAGGCAAGGCAUCAAAGGCAAGUUUAUUGUCAUAAGUACAGUCCAUAUUCACGAGGUUACAGAGAAGGCUUCCUGUGGAAACGAGGGCGUGACAACGGUCAGUUCUUAAGCAGGAAGUUCAUUUUAACUGAGCGGGAAGGCGUCCUGAAGUAUUUUAACAAACACGACGCUAAAGAACCAAAAGCCAUUCUAAGGCUCGAACAGAUUAAUGCCACCUUCCAGCCAGUAAAGAUAGGGAAUCCAAAUGGGUUGCAAAUUACAUAUUUAAAAGACAACAGCACAAGGAACAUAUUUGUCUAUCACGAGGAUGGAAAGGAGAUUGUUGACUGGUUCAACGCAAUCCGAGCAGCACGUUUCCAUUACUUACAAGUGGCUUUCCCAGGAGCCAGUGAUGCUGAUCUGGUGCCAAAACUGACCAGGAAUUAUGGGAAGGAAGGAUAUAUGGAGAAAACGGGUCCGAAGCAAACAGAGGGUUUCAAGAAACGAUGGUUCACAUUAGACGACAGGAGGCUGAUGUACUUUAAGGACCCACUGGAUGCCUUUGCUCGGGGUGAAGUGUUCAUUGGGAGCAAGGAGAACAGCUACAGUGUGUUAGACGGUCUUCCACCAACCAUCCAAGGAAACCACUGGCAAUAUGGAAUAACCAUAGUAACCCCUGACAGGAAGUUCCUGUUUGCAUGUGAAACGGAAGAUGAGAGGCGAAUUUGGAUGGAAGCAUUUCAGAAAGUUAUCGACAGGGCAAUGUUGCCCCAGGAGUAUGCAGUGGAAGCACAUUUUAAGCACAAGCCAUAAGAGAACCCUUGAUUUUGGAGGCUGUGACUACAUUGGCAACAUCACCUGGCCCUCAUGGGUCGGACCAGAAUAUGAAUUGUUUGGUAUUUGUGCAGCAGUCUGUUCCUCUCUCUUUCCCUCCAACCCUCCAACUUCAGCCUUGCCUCCCAAACCCCAGUCACCUCCCCCAUGCUUUCCAGUGGGUGGGGAGGGGUAGGGCAGAGAUGUCCAUCAGAAGACAACUGGACUGUGGCAGGAAGUGAGUUUGAAAGUGAUGUGCAUGUCGCUAACCAAGAGCAUGAAUUUUGGAGAAUUCCCAAAACCAGGCUACAAUUCACACACCAUUCUGCAUGACUAAUUCUAAUCAUUAAUAGUUAAUCCCUGAAUGCUCCUGCCACAAUAAGACACUAUAAAUCCAACAUAAAAAAGCUGUUUUAAAGAAAAAUCAUUCUCUUGGUCUAUGUAACUACUCAUUGUGUCAAUUUUCCACAAUUCACCAGUAAGAAAUGGGCAUUGCCCUUUAAACAAUUUUACUUGAGUAUUUGAAGUGAAGAUUAAAGUGGACUGUGUAACCUUUAACCAACAAUCUAUGUGGGGGAAAACAAGCUUCCAGUGUCCAUAAAGAGAUUUUGUGUUAAUUGUAUUUGUGGCCAUUCAUCUACAAGACUUGUUUAAAAAAAUUCUCCUCUAUAAGCAUUUUCUUCAGGCUGUUGAGAAAAAGCUGGUGUUAGUGCAAAUGAAAUAUUGUAACUUGAUGAAAGCUAGUAUGUCUCAGUGGUAUUGCUUUCUUCCAUAAAAUGAUACUGCUUGAAUUAAAUUGUGUCUAGCUGUUUGCAGAGGGCAUGUUCUCAAAGAGACAUUGACUGCCGUUAAAUAGUACAGUACAAUGCUAGUUACUCGAAAUUGCUGAGUUUAAAGCUUUUAGUGAUAUGUCGUGUUUUGUGAAGUCUGUGACAGAUUAUAGUGUAAUAUAUGAUUACCUUGCUAAACAUUGUAAAAAAACUUCCCACAUUCUUCCAAAUGUCAUCUUUUAAGUGUGCAUUUCUUGUUUAGAAUUGAUGUAAAGAAAAUCUGAAAAUUAAGUUGUGAAUAAGUUUCUGUAAUUAAUUCAGUUGUUAAUUUUUAUUAAUUUGAGUGCAGCCAUUUUGACAGUGCAGUUGCAUUAAAUAUUACACUAAGCUUAUUCUUAGUACCUCAACAGUGGGACCAGUACUUUUUGGUGAGACAUUGUCUCAACCCAAAUCAUUAAAAAUCCCUAAAGUUCCAAAUAGAAGUAGCAUUCUUUCACAGAACUUGUAUAAUAAGUUAACAUGGUUGUUACAUGCAAGCAGGGCUUGAGUUUGAAGGUGAAUACAGAGAUGUUGGUAGAAGGAUUGGCAUGAUGCUGAGAUGCAUCCCAGGAUGUGCAGGGACACGUCAUUGGGUGUUUAGGGGCAACAUCAUACACUCUGGCCCAGGCGACCUAGCCGGGUUUGAUCAGGCCCUGACUUGUGCCCCAGCAGCAUUGGUCCAUGGUCACACCUCUUGAAUGUAGUUCUCAACCUUGGAAGAGAAAAUGAGCCAAUGUUGAAGGGUCCCUGUAACUGCCUGAUGGCAUGAAAAUUAGAUUUUGUCAAUUGAUGCAUAAGAUUCAUUGCUUCCACAUGAGUCACUGGAAGUAGUGUCAUCAGAUAGCUGAUGUCAAAUUUGCACUCGUUGAUGUCAGCAGCCUUCAGGAAAGCCUCAGAGGAUUUGUUAGAUCAUUUCUCUUUAUAGAUAUCAAGUAAGUGUCAAUUAAUUGAAAUAAGUCUGUUCUCUCCUUAAUUACAAAUCUAAAGUAAACUUUUCAGAUUCUAAUUUAUAUAUUUAAAGACAGGUGCAAUCCAUUAUUUCACACAUUUUCCUCCCUCUUUAAAGUGAUGAUGUGCUAAACUCAUGUAGCUAAAUCUUCCUUUUAUUUCUUUCAUCUUUGUAGAUACCAUGAUUCUCCCCUCCCCACCCCCAAUUGACCUGUAACAUGGAUUUUUUUUAGAUAUUUAAUGUUACAACACUGACAAAAGUAAGCUGGUUAAUUGCAGAGGAGCAUAAACUAGUGCGCUAAAUACUUGAACAGGAAAGUUAUUGUAAAGAAUGAGAUUAAAUCCCAAUCAUUGCGAUAACACAAAAGAUAGGAUUAUUUGAAACAUAAAUGUAUUCAUGUUAAUUCCUUUAAUAUUUACAUUUGACUAUGGAAACGCACAACCUACAAUGGAGAAAAUAGUGCUGAAAUGAAAUGCUUAUUAAAAAUUUUACUUUGUA